GCGGCCGGAACGAGAGAAGCGCCAAGCUGACCUUCGCCUCAGGCAGCAGAAGGCUUUAGGUCAGCGGUGUCGGGGUUAUAAACGGAGUUAAGAUAAAUUGAAAUUAGGAAUGUGGCAGCGAAUUUCCACAAGGGGAGCGAUGCGCUGCAUGAAGGAGCCGGGCCCGUGUCUCUCCCCUGCCCGUCACUGGAGGAGCCCGAGGCCUGCCUCCCAUCCCCUCGCCAUGUACCCUCCCAGAGACCGCCAUUCUGCCCCCCUCAGUUCGAAGCUCUCAUGCGCCUCGGGGCGGGCGAGGUAAAUCCCGGGCAGGUUCCCUCUCCAGCCCGCGCUCUUCCUCGGCUCCUCUUCCUGUCACGGCCGUCCUACUAGAGGCCUGACAAGCGCCGCCUGAGGGGAGGCUUGACUAGGCCUCGCGCUUCUUCUCGUCACCGCUACGACUAGGCAGGCUGGGCGGGGAGACGUGGCGGCGCCCUGUUCGCGCGAGGCGGCCGGCCGAGAGGCGACGUGUGCGAGCGUGAGGGGCCCGCUCAGCCCCGCCUAGGGCGGGCAGCCAGGCCAGGCCCCGGCCGGGAGGGACGAAGGGGAGGAGGGGAUGUCGGCAUGCGGAGGACCCGGACCCGGCCCUGACUCCGCGCCGCCUCAGGCUCCGCAGCUGCUGCAGCAGCAGGAGGAGGAGGAGAAGAAAAAGGAAGACGAGGAGGAGGAGGAAGAAGAGGAGAAGCAGCAGCAGCCGGGCCGGUGCGGCGCUUCCCGCAUGGCUCGGCGGCCGGAGGUGCUUUGCGGCGCCGCGGUGGUGCUGGGCUGCGCCUUCCUAGUCGCCCUCAAAGUCACCUUCAGCCGUGCAAAAGAUGUGACGAUGCCAGCAAAGCUUCCAGUUAACUUUUUCUCUUCGACCUCUCCAGUCCACGAUCUUUUCCUUGGACAGCUGGAUCACGCAGAGGACAUCCGCCAAGAUUCGGAAGUCACGCUGUUUUUUUUCUACGCUCCAUGGUGCGGGCAGUCUGUUGCAGUAAAGGAAGAGAUUGAGAAAGUGGCAAGCAGUUUGGCAGACCAGGUGUUGUUUGUGGCAAUCAACUGCUGGUGGAACCAAGGAAAAUGCAGGAAACAGAAGCACUUCUUUUACUUUCCGGUAAUAUAUUUGUACCAUCGGAGCUUUGGACCCAUUGAAUACAAAGGCCCGAUGACCGCUGUUUACAUUGAAAAAUUUGUUCGCCGGGUGAUGACUCCCCUACUUUAUAUCUCAUCCCGAUCAAAACUUCAACAGUUUCUCUCCAAUUAUGAGCCUGGAGUCUUAGGAUAUUUUGAGUUCAAUGCUUCCCCCCAACCCCCUGGUUAUCUGACAUUCUUUACUUCAGCGCUGCACUCAUUAAAUAAAGAUUACCUUGGAACAAUCCACUUUGGAGUGAUCACAGACAGGCUGAUUGCAAAGGAAAUCCCACUGACCAGUUCCGGCAGUGUCUAUUUGCACAGGCGUGUCAACGCAUCUCUUCUCUACCCACAUGAAGCCAUGAACUACACAGCUGAAAAUGUUUGGAAGUGGGCCCUGGAGAAUCGUGAGACAUUUAUCCGCUGGCUGAGACCCCAUGGGGGGAAAAGUCUUUUGCUGAACAACGAGCUGAAGAAGGGACCAGCACUGUUCCUGUUCCUCCCUUUUGACCCCUUAGCAGACAGUCAUCCCCUUGUAGAUGAGAUUUCUGAAUUGGCUCUAGAAUACAACAGCUGCAACAGAAGCCACAGAGGGGAAGAGGACUCUGGGUGCUUGCAAGGAGGUGCCCCCCCAGAGGCUGGCAUCCACCUCCCUCUGGCCGAAACCGUCUCCAAGUCCCUUUGCUGCAACACCGUGGUGCUUCCUCCCCAGUGGCACUCCAUCUCUCGGACUCACAAUGUCUGUGAGCUGUGCAUCAACCAGACAGUCGGGGUCAGGCCCAGCCGUCUCGGUGGUCUGCACUGUAACUUCUUAGAGAUAGAAGCAGCCUUAGACUCUUUCUACCUCAAGGAGCGGACCUUUUUCCAAGUGAUGUCUAAGACAGUUUCCUUGUGCAGCAAUUUCCUUAGCUUUUACAGCCCUUUUAGCUACUACACCGCAUGCUGUAGGACGGUGAACAGAGGCCUGCUGAGUUUUGUCAGCUCCGAGAAGAUGGCCGUCCAUCCUCUGGAGGUGGCAUUUGCUUCCCAUGGAAAGAGAUGGAAAGAUGAACCCCAAAGUUCUACUCCUCACAUUGAGGAGAGGAGCAAUCUUAUCCCGGAAAGCGCCCUCUGUGGUACUUAUGUGACUGGUCUGUGUUGUAGGACUAACAAGACCUUAAAUCUAUACCUGCUGGAUUCGAAUCUCUUCUGGUUGUAUGCAGAGAGGCUGGGAGCAUCAAGGUCUGCUCCUGUGAAGGAGUUUGCUGCCAUCGUGGACCUCAAGGAAGAGACACACUACGUCCUGGAUCAGGACCAGGCCCUCCUGAAAUCUAAUCUAGAAACCUUCAUUCAAAACUACAGCGUUUUGUACAGUCCUUUAAAAAGGCAUCUUGUUGGUGAUACAAGGCCCAGCCGCAUUCACUCUCAACACGUCGUUAGAGAAAUUUUCACCGAUACGUUUCACAAAGUCAUGUUGAAGAGCGACAAGGACAUCUUGUUGUUGUAUUACGCCCCGUGGUGUGGCUUCUGCAUGUCUCUCAAUCACAUCUUCAUCCAGCUCGCUCGGGUUUUGCCUGCUGAUAACUUCCUUGUGGCCAGGAUUGACGUUUCACGGAAUGACCUUCCCUGGGAAUUCAUGACCGACCGCCUACCCAGCAUUCUGUUUUUUCCUCAUAAUCGGAAGGAGCAAAGUGUGAACUUUCCUGCAGAAUUCCCAGUCACCCUUCCCAAUCUCCUUAAAUUCAUCCUCCGUCACUCAAGCCAGCCACCCCCCAUGUCCGGUCCAGAGCCCCGCUUCAAAGGUUGCCUUCAGCAGGAGACGGUGCUCCAGCAGGGACGCAUCUCCCACCUGGAAAGGGAGGUUGAGAAACUGCGAGCAGAGAUCAAGGCCCUUCACCAGGACCAAGGUCAGCUCCAAGGUCAGCUCUCCGAAGCCAGAAGGGAGGGGCAAAGGCUCCAGCAGGAGAUGCGUAUCCUGAGGAAGCAACACGGGGCCGCACAGAGCCAGCAAGAGCACUUGCAGGGGCUGUACGAGCAGAAGACCCAGGAGCUGGAAGGGAUGGCAGAGAAGCUGCAAGAGCUGGCAGACGCCUCUGAGAACCUCCUUACCGAGAACACGUUACUCAAAGUCCUGGUGGCUUCAGUGGAGAGAGAACUGGGGACCAACACUGAGCCAGAGAUCAGCCUCCACAAGGAGGAUGCUGGCCUGGCCGCACCACCUGCGGACACUUUCCACGAAGCAGAAAAGAAUGACAACACUCACAUCGAGGGCAGAAUAGCAUCUGAGCAUAGUAAAGAAAACUGGACAGAAUAGCUUCUGUUAAGCCAAGACACAGGGAUGGGGGAACCCACAUGAAUCAAGUUUAGCUUCAACAGGGGAAGAUCUUUAUGCAAACUUUAUUGAAAUUUCGUUGUAACGACUUCUUUUUUGGCUGGACUAGAAACAAAAUCAAAGAAUAUUUUUAUAUCGAGUCAAUGAACCGAACAGACAAAGCUCGAAAGCUUAUGAUGUUGACAACACAGUCUGGGGACUAAUCUUUGCACUUUACAAUUGCACUAAUUUGAUAACUUUUAUAUCAAUUUAACGUAAAUUAAAGCAAUUUGGUUGGA